CAUGCGAUUGUUAGUUAGGAAGUAAAGCUACAGUAAUCCUUGCUGUCAUUUUUCGUUGCAAGAACAGAAACCUAUAAGAAAAGGGAAACGCCGAAGACAGAAUUAUGUCGACAACAAAUUUCAGUAGCGGUAGAAGUCACACGAAAUUAUUUGAAGAACUGCUAUGCUCUCCCUCUUUGCUGGGUGAGCAUCAACAACAACUAUCAAUUUGCUUCUUAGCGGUUGACAUUCUCCUCUCCAUUACAGCAUUUGCUGGAAAUUCUCUUAUCCUUGUGGCACUUCAUAAGGAAUCUUCCCUGCAUCCGCCGUCCAAACUCCUGUAUUGUUGUCUGGCAACAACUGAUCUGUUAGUUGGUCUUGUUUCCCCGCCUCUCAGUGUUCUAUAUUGGAUGUCCAUGGUUCAAGAACACUGGAACCUUUGUCGAUACGUAUGGGACGCAGCCUACAUCACAGGCUAUGUAUUGUUUUUAGUGUCUUUGAUGACGAUGACGGCCAUAAGCUUGGACAGACUUCUCGCCCUGUUGUUGGGACUGCGAUACAAGCAAAUUGUAACUUUGAAGCGCACGUAUAUUAUUGUAACUACCUUUUGGGGUAUAAUCUUUAUGUACAGCUCCCUAGUUGCACCAUUUUGCCUGGUAAUAUCAUUCGCAUCGUACACAAAGAUUUUUUACACUCUCAGAUAUCAUCAAGCACAACAAUCAGAUCAACAACAGCCGAGCCAAACAAAUGCACUGAACAUGGCGCGAUUCAGAAAGGCAGUAUACAGUGCACUGUGGGUGCAGUUAGCAUUAGUUGUUUGUUAUGCACCAAUAUGUACAGUGAAUAUUGUGAUCGCUCAUACCAAAAAAUAUUCAUUUCUCCUAGUCGUCAUCUGGAAAGUAGCAUUUAUUUUACUUUGCUUCAACUCGACGUUAAACCCGUUCCUUUACUGCUGGAAGAUUAGUGAAGUGAGAGAGGCAGUGAAGCAGACAAUUAAAGAAGCACUUUGCUGAGUUAGGUUUUCCUCGAGUUGUUCCUCAGACUUUGAAAGCAGAAUCCCUAAGUCACGAUUAUUAUUUGAGAGAAGUCGUUAAGUACGUUUUUGGAUAAAAGUAAAUAAGUGGCUCAAUAGAAUAGUUGCACAGGCUGUUGUCGAUAGUCUUUAUA